CACUGUAUCACGUAGUCAGGGAUGCACUGAUACCAGCAGUGGCUGUUUAGGAAAGGUAUGACCUUAUUUCGGUCAGCGCUGACGUGACAGUUGAUUUGUUUGAUUAAAAUAAAUAUAAGAAAAAUAGAUAAAUAUAUACUCAAUUAAAGAGAAAUCAAUCAAUCAAAUAAGGCGCCAGAAAUCAGAGCUUCAGACGCCAUCGAGGAAAUCGUCCGAAAAGGAGCUCAGCGUAGUCAGCCAAGAGGUGAAAUUGGGAGUGAAAUUUCGUGGUUUUUGAAGCUGCAGAGGCGCUCUCCCCCACGGCAGCCCCCUUGGCAACUACGGCGCCCCCCCACAAGAUGCUGUGUAUACAAUAUUAGCGAUUAUUGAAAGCACACGCACAUACAGCACCUGGCGAAACAUUGUUGGAGGAAGGAAGGAGACGGAGGUGGCGAAAAGCAGGAGGCGGCGGAAUAGGCGGAGAAGGUGGCACAGCAAGAAGCAGAAGCAGAGUCGAGAAGCAGGCAGAGCGGUAGCGGCAGUGGCGCAGCGCAUGUGCCGGCAUCCGAAAAACACUAUUUAACAUUUAAGCUUUUGUAAACAAUUUGCUGGACCGGCGACCAAGGUCAAAUACACAACGAAAGUUGGCGAUUGGUUCUACUGAGUUAUAGACGAGUGCCCGCCAGUAUUCCUGUGCAGUUUGCAAUGGCAGCAACUAAAGAGGCGGAGACGGAAAACUCUCACUCCCAGCUGUUGUCCAAUGGUAAUCCCACAACGAAUGGGAUUCAGAGGAGGGCAGGAAAGGUGGAUGCAGAAGCCGAGGCACAAGCGGAUGGAACAGAUGGAAGAUUCCAUGGAGGAUAUGCAGGUUUAGGCAUAGAUUCAAAAGGACCUCCCACUACCGGAACCUUUAUGAAAUUGAAAACCUAUCUCCUAGCUCUGCGUCCCUGGUCGCUGUCAGCUAGUUUGGUGCCGACACUACUCGGAUCGGCACUCGCCUACCGCUCCCAGUGGUCGGCGGAGUUCUCGUUGGCCACCUUCUUCCUCACCGCCUUUACAGUCGUCACAGUCCACUGCGCCGGCAAUGUGGUUAACACCUACUUCGACUUCAUCAAGGGCAUUGACAAGCAAAAAGCCGACGACCGCACCCUGGUGGAUCAUAUUCUAACCAAGGAUGAGGUGGUGUCACUGGGUGCCAUUCUCUAUAUGGCCGGUUGCGGUGGAUUCGUUCUGCUGGCGGUGCUCAGUCCGGCGAAAAUGGAACACCUGGCGCUGAUCUACUUCGGGGGACUAUCUUCGAGCUUUCUGUACACAGGCGGCAUUGGUUUCAAGUAUAUCGCAUUGGGCGAUCUGGUGAUCCUGGUACUGUUCGGACCGAUCUCAGUGCUUUUUGCUUUUAUGUCGCAAACUGGUCAUGUGGACUGGACGACGAUGGGCUAUGCCAUCCCACUGGCCCUCAAUACAGAGGCGAUAUUGCAUAGCAAUAAUACACGAGAUGCGGAUAACGAUCGACGAGCUGGAAUUGUAACUCUGGCGAUUUUGAUAGGACGCACUGCCUCGCACGUUUUAUACGCCAUGCUGCUGUUUGCCCCCUACUCGCUGUUCUUCAUCUUCGGCCUGAAGUACUCUUUGUGGUUCCUGCUGCCACUGGUUACCCUGCCGCAGGCAUUUCAAAUCGAGAAGAGAUUCCGGAACGAACAGACGAUGCAUCUGGUGCCACGACAAACAGCCAAGCUGAACUUUUUCUUCGGCAUCCUGUACAUAGUGGCCUGCUGUUGUGCCACCCAGUUGCCCACCUUUGGAUUUCGAAAAUAUUGAAUCACACACUCAUAACACAGAAUCUGAUCAGAAUCAGAAUCAAAAUCAGAUAAAGAGAAAGAGGAGGAAAAAUGCUGCAACGUUUUUAGGGAAUUUCAUUAGUUUUUAGUCAGUGUGUGAGGUGUAUGUGAGUGUGUAGCAGCGAGUCAAUUUCAAUCCAAAAGUUGCACAACAAUUUUCUAAUGCUUGCUAGUCGCCCCGUUUAGUGUCUGAAUCUUUGAACUGAAACAUAUCCUAGCCCUAGCAAGGCAAGAACUCUUCUGACAAAGGAUCUAUGGAGGAUAAGCCAUUUUGUAAUGGAGAUUAAACAAGAUUACUAUUUAUUUUCAAUGAUUUUAAAUCAAAACUUAUUGUGCUUCCAUGACAAAAUGUCUUAUACAGUUGUCCAAAGAUCACUAUACCCACUUGCAUCCUAGACCUAUCGUUCUUAAUUUAUUUUAUCCAUCGUCACAACAAUCUAUAAUCUAUAAUCUUAAAUCGUAAAACACAAUCUUAUCAUACUCUUCCUCUCGCGCGUUGGGAAUUACGGACCAAGAACCAUUAACCAGUAAUAGCUAAUGCAGACUUAAACUCAAUAUAUAUAUCAUUCGUUAUCCCCACACUCAUAUGGGUGCAAAAAAAAUACUUAAGUUUCGCGAAUCAAAAUGCAGAUUUACUUUAUACUUGUAUACAUUAUAUAUUUAUAUAUAGAAGUGCUUGAAAUGUGCAGAUAAGUUGAAAGUUUUAUUUGGCAAUAAGAGAUGGCUUGCUUUUUGUGUAAUGAUUGUUAGAGUUUUUUACAUAAAUAUAUAAUAUGUAUUUACAUAAUAUACACAAGAAAACACAUACAUACAUAUGCAUAUACAUAUAUUUAUAUAGACAUCUAGAUCAUUGUAAGCCCAGUGGCGGCCGGUUCAAGAGUGAGAAUAUCAAAAACAGAACACAAAUUUAAAUUUUUUAAAGUGCAACUACAUAUAGUAGGUAGGUCAAGGUCAAGGAUCGAUGUCAAGGAUCAGGAGGAGCAAACCAAUUGUUUUCCAUUAAACAAUAGCAUAUAUGCAUAUAAACAAAUAGCUUUAAAAAAAAAACAAACAACAAACCAGAUGACAGGAGGAGACAAGGCCCAUUUUCAUUAUAAUCCAUGCUAGUUUUUUUUGUAUAAUGUCUUAAAAAAAAAACACAUAAAUUAUUUAUAAAUUUAUAAAUGUUUGUUCAAA